AUGGACACAGAAGAGCGUACAGCAAACGACCCACGAUGCACCCAAGUAACGGUCAUGAAAGUGGCCAAUAUCGCAUUCAAUAUGUUGAUUUUUAUCAUCACGUUGGCAUUGUGUAGUGUAUUGCACAUGCUCUUACGCCCAUACUCCCAACCUCGUAUCAUAUCCGAAGCCAUUGUAGGAUUCUUUUUGAGCAACCUACCCUUUCUACGUAAGAACUUCAAUGAUGACGCAAAUACUGCCCUCGGUUAUGUAGCAGAGUUCGGGAUGAUUUGCCACAUGUUUGUUAUAGGUCUUGAGAUAGAUCCUAACAUAUUUGUUCGGAUACCCAUUCGUGAAGCCAAAGUGGCAUGUACAGGGUUACUAAUUACCUUUCUACUAUCACUUUUCAUAACCCCGAUGUUACAUUUAAGUUACGAGCCUAGUAUUGCGUUUGAUGUCACAGUCUCGCUUGUUUUAUCGGGAACGGCCUCCCCCCUCCUGACACGUAUCAUCAACGACCUCAAAAUUGGGAAAUCUGAUAUAGGGAGGUUCUUGAUUUCGACUGCUGUCAUAUCCGAUCUCAUUUCCAUUAUUGUGCUAACCCUAGGGUACAUAGUUUUCGAUCCGUUGGAUGAUUUUGCUUUUCGAAAAGUUAGAGAUAUACUGCUUAUUCUUGCGGUUCUUGUCAUUCAGACGAUUCUCGCAGCUAAAUGUAUACCCUUUCUUAUGACAUGGGUGGAUAGUCAUAACCCGCAAGGGAAGUUAAUGAAGGGUCCACACUUGAUUGUCUCAAUAGCUAGUCUUGUAUUCGUUUGCAGUCUUUCACCAUGGAUAGCACAUUUCAACAUGAUGCUAAGUACGUUUUUGGCCGGAAUCGUGAUGCCUCGUGAUGGGAGGCUAUCGAAGUUAUUGACGGGUAAAGUUAAGUACUUUUUUGGACUUUUGUUCUUUCCGGUAUUCAUGGUUUGGGUUGGUUUUCAAGUUGACUUCUCCGAAUUCGAAAGUCAUAACUUAUUCACGUGGGCUAGCAUAGCUUUUCUCUUUGCAAUCAUAGUAGGUGGAAAAGUUUUCGGCAGUAUUAUUUCUGGGAUCAUGUUAGGGUUUCAUUGGCAAGAUUCGGUCGCAGUAGGGUUACUUCUAGGUAUCAAGGGUCACUUUCACAUCUUCAUGGUUCUCUUAGCCGAGCAAAGAAAUAUAUCUAGUUCCUCAAAUAGCAGUGCUAUUGUAUUGGUUUGCUUCCUCACAUUCAUCUACGCCCCUAUGGUUGUCAAGAGCAUCAUCAAACGUGCAAGAAAGCGGUCACCAACACAACGUAUGGCCCUCCAAUGGCUCAAUCCAUCAAACGAGUUGCGAAUAGUAUUAUGCAUUCAUGGCCUCGAAAACAUUCAAUCAACCAUUAACUUCAUGGAGAUCUCACAAGGGCCGGAAGAACCCCAAAUGACAGUUUACGUGAACGAUCUGAUUGAGUUAACUGAAACGGUAGCUUCCACGGUGGCACGUGGAGAAGGAGUGGACGCGAUGACUAUAACAGAUGUGGGUGUUAUAGAGAUGAGAGAAAACAUCACCAACACAAUACAAGCUUAUGUAAACGACCAUUGUGAAGGGAUUGAUGUACAAAGAACGCUUACGCUAUGUCCAAUGGCCACAAUGCAUCACGAAAUUUGCACACUUGCAGAGGAUAUGUUGGUUUCGUUAAUCAUCCUCCCAUUCCAUAAGAAUCAACAACCGGAUGGAAAGUUCAAUGCCAACCAUUUGGCGUUUCGAAGUGUCAAUAGAAAGGUUUUACGGUACGCACCUUGUUCGGUUGGAGUUUUAGUGGACCGAGGUCUCGGGUCAAACCAACUAACAGGAGGAACCCAAUGUAUCAAAACCGCAAUCAUUUUCAUCGCAGGCAAAGACGAUCGUGAAGCACUUGCUUACGCGGGUCGAGUGGCACGACACUCGGGAGUCAAACUCACUGUCAUACGAUUCGUAUUGGACACCAGUGGAAGCAACACAUCAUCAAGGAUCACAAGGUCCCGAGCCAACACUGUGGAAUACGAAGAAGAAAUGAAGGAAGAUGAUGAGUACUUUGCAGAGUUUUAUGAUCGACAUGUGGCUACGGGUCAUGUUGCGUAUAUGGAAAAGUAUCUUUUGAAUUCCGGUGAGACCUAUUCAACUAUUAAGUCGUUAGAGGGUGAAUAUAGUUUAUUUAUUGUGGGAAGAGGAGAAAGGGUUAACUCAACAUUAACUGCGGGUAUGAAUGAUUGGGAGGUGUGCCCGGAGUUAGGUCCAAUCGGGGACAUUCUUUCGGCUCCGGAUUUCUCGACUACGGCCUCGGUUUUGAUUAUUCAACAACAUAAACUUAGAGGGAAACUUCAAGGAUUGCACGAAGAAUUCUCCAUUAUGUAA